AUGAAGGAGCUUCGAUAUGCACUACUCCUAUCCAAGAUUAAGACUGAAUUGGAAAAGACUCAUCAAAAUGAUCCGGGAUGCAAUGUCAGCGGAUUAAAAGAUGAUGAAGGAAGGGAAAUUGAUCCCGAAGAUGAACAGAACCAAGAAAACAACCAUGCUGAAGAUGCUGAUGACAAAAAUGACCAUGCUGAAGAUGCUGAUGAUGAAAAUGAUAGUGAUGCUGCAGAUGAUGAUGAAGAUGAUGAUAAUGAUGAUGAUGACAACAAUAAGGGUAACCCGAACUAUGACAGUGAAUCUCCUCUAUUAAUUACUGAUGACCCUUUACCCGAAAGAACCUCAUCUCAACAUUCAUCCUCAAAGAGUGAUAGCAAAAGGGAAGCAUCACUUAGGCCUGAGAACUCAACAGCAAGUGGAUUGGUUAAAGCCUCCCCUUGGAUUGGAAUUCCUCAUGCUGAAGAAAUUUCAAAUGCACCUAUUGAAGACUUAUCUCGUGUUAUCGUCCCCCAUAUUGAUCACAUGGACGAAUCACCAAUCAAGCGAGAAGAUGCUACAAUUCGUGAGGGAAAAAUGGAUGCCUCACCUAUUCUUAUCAGCUCAGCCAGUGGUGGCAAAAAGGAUACACCACCUCGAGAAGAACCGAUGGACACUUCACCCACCAACAUUGAAGCCGAUUCUCCACCAAUGUCUCCACGUCGCAUCAUGAACCUUAUGAUGGGCACGGUUCAUACAACCGAAGUUAUUCACCAAGAAUAUUUGUUCCUUCGCCGCAAGGAUUCCCAAACCUUGGAAGAAUUAUCCAAGAAAGUAGACCAACUAAUGGCUACUCAAGCUCAAUCUCGUCCUCCACCUCAAGCUCAACCUCAACCACAACCGUCAGCUCAACCGAAAAGAUCCUAUAAAGCUCAACUGGUGAAAGAACUUCAUGAGCUUCAAACUGCUGUGAACAAGGUGGCACGUCAACAGCAUUAA